AUGUCUGAAAUACCAACACCCACUCGGUUGGCAGACGUGGAGAGAUUUACGCCCAGUGUCUUUCAGUCCUACCACCGGCCAAUGCGCAGAGGAACGGUUCUAUCAAAGUCGCCUCCAGACAGUCAAUUUCCAUCAGCAACAGGCCUUUGGGGGCCUCACGUAAACGAAGCAGAUGGAACAGGCAUUAUACCUAUAGGAAUGGCACUUGGAAGCCCUACCGAGGAACGUGGCUCCCGUGGGACAGCCUGGCAACCUCAAGUUGAAACCACUGUUGUAGCAGCCAAGGAGGACAGCCAAGACGAACAACAAACAAAAGACGGGCUUUCUAGAUCCAAGUCGCGCAAAUGGGGGAUAUUUGGCAGGUCCAAGUCGAGAAGAGUCAAGAACAAUGAUAGAGCUAUGGAUUCUCCGGAUCAGAUUACCUCCCCUAGCGACACACCAACCCGCGGAACGCCAACUUCGGCCGCUUCUCGUGGACCGCGAUAUACGGACCUGCGGGAUACUAAUAUAUCACCAAAGACAAAGUCACUUGGAAGAUCGUUAACAGAACCUACAGGGUCAGAAUCAAAAUGGCCCCCCCAAGGUGGUUCACCUCAAGCCAAAACACAAACCACUCCAGAUGGCACGCGAGCCCCAAAUCGAGAACCUGUGUCAGAGGGCUCCAAUCCUACCAACCAGGAGCCCAUUCUUGAUGUUGAAAUCCCAAACAUUACCCUAGAUAGAUAUAGUGUGAUGUUCGCGAAUCUUCUUGAACGCCGCAGCGCGACAUCCCUUCUCGCCCGUCGACAAGUCACCCAGGAUAAGAUUCGCGCACUUCGCGAAGAAGUUUCUAACCCUGGUUUUCAAAAAGAAAUUCUACAACCAGGACGUAAACAAAGCGUGGACCGAGACUUGCCACCAAUUCCUUCGUUACGACUCGAGCCUCUACAAGCAACUCGGAAAUAUCAGCAAAGUUCUCGCAAUAGGUCCAACACAUCCCCUGCAAUCAUGGGCACGCCGUCAAAGGAGACAUUCACGGAUUCACAUAUGCGUGAUGGAGAAAAGGGAAAAUCACCACAUAUAGUGAGACUCGCAUCUGUUAAGGGAAGUAAACCUGCUGUUGGCAGCGGGAUUACCACGCAAGGUGACAGACCACAGCUCCGAUCCAAGUUUCACAUCCAAUCACCAACGCACCGACAUUCAGGAUCCAAAUCAACAAUCAACAGCAGCUUUGAUCUCUCGGAGAACGAAAUUGAAGAAGGCGGACUAUCCCCUCCGCCGGCCAGGAGCCAUUCUCAUAAAAAAGGCAACCCAUCGCAGUCAGACCCAAGCCCUCUGACACUGCAAGAAGCCACUCGCUCAACAGUAUAUACUACCUCCACACCUGGCGUCCAGGGCAGCCUAAGCAGCCUCUCAGGAGAAGAGCUAGACGAAGACGAAGAUAAAGCGGUCCAGGACGCUGUAGAAAUAUCCAUUGCUCGUCAAAUCAGUGUAUCCCGCGAACAGCGCCGAAUGCUAGGCCCGCUGCAAAUGCACCCCAUAGAAGGAAGGCGGAUAGCCGAGACGAAGAGUUCCACGCCGCGAUUGGUUGACCCAAAGUUGGAUCCGUCAUCACCCUCUGCAGGACAAAGGAAUAGUGAGCGGGUGGUGCUGGAGAGGAUAUGA